ACGGGUUUUAGUGAAUACUUCAUGCCAAUUUGGGAUCAGAAAGAAUUCAAAACGCUUUGGGAUCUUCAAUACAAGAAUAAGAAAAAUAAGAACGGUGAGGAGUUCACACAUGAAUUAUUCGAUGAAUUGUUAGGCAAGUGGGGUCCAAUACCCAGAUCAGUUCUUUCAAAAUGGGAUAAUAAAACAUAUCAGAACAAAUUCGAUAAACUGAUUGAAAGCUCCGACUUAGAAACAUGUAUGAAGUCUAUUAAUUCGUCAGGCGUAUUUGGGGAAACAUUAAUUGAAUAA